GCGGGGGGAGAUUUUCUCACGAGGAUGACUGACUGGUGACAAAGAAAACGGGGAGCCCCCUCUGGCUUCGGUUGACAUCCGCGAGAACUUGACGGUUUUGGGGGACCGGCUUACUUGGACAGCCAAAGAUUUUUUUUUUUUUAUCAUCCUUAAUUUUGGAGGGGAAUCAUGCCUGUCCGGAGGGGUCAUGUUGCGCCACAAAACACAUUUUUGGGAGUAAUUAUUCGGAAAUUCGAAGGACAAAAUAAGAAAUUCAUCAUAGCCAAUGCCCGGGUACAGAACUGCGCUAUCAUCUACUGUAACGACGGCUUCUGCGAGAUGACGGGCUUCUCCCGGCCGGACGUCAUGCAGAAGCCGUGCACGUGCGACUUCCUGCACGGCCAGUUCACCACCCGACACUCGGUGGCCCAGGUGGCCCAGGCGCUGCUGGGCUCGGAGGAGCGCAAGGUGGAGAUCACCUACCACCGCAAGGAUGGUUCAAACUUCCUGUGCGCCACCCAUAUCAUCCCCGUGAAGAACGAGGAAGGCGUGGUCAUGAUGUUCAUCCUCAACUUCGAUUACAUCCUGGAUGAAGGCAGCAGCGACUCACUGAACAGACUCAACCACACCUCGCCGUCCAAAGCUGACCAACGGAAAGGGAGAUUAUUCCGCUUCCGUUUCCCGGCCUUACCUCUCCUGGGCAUCAGCAAGCAGUCCCUUCCCCAGGAAGACCCCGAUGCCGUAAUGGUGGACUCCCCUCGCCACAGUGAUGGCUCAGUGGCAACGCGAGACUACCAACUUCCCACCACCCGCGAGAGCUGCAGUCCUUCCUACGCCAAUGACACCCGCGCCCUCAUCGGCCCCAGCCACUGCUCCACCCCUGUGUCCGGGCCUUUGGACCACUCGUCACCCAAGGGCCCCUGGGAUCGGACGUACCAGGACGAGUCCAUCGCCCAGACCCAACACCAGAGCAACGAGGACACGCUCAUCGCAGCUCCAUCGAUCCCGGGCCUCACGCCAACCGCCUCCAGAGAGAGCGUGUGCAGCAUUCGCAGAGCCUCCUCCGUACACGACAUGGAAGGCUUUGGGUCCAACUCCAAGAUGGUGUUCAGGGACAGACACGCCAGCGAAGACAAUGGUCGCAAUAUCAAAGUGUCUCGCUCCUGGAUGGCUGGGGGGCCGCUCAGCCAGAUCAAAUCCAGCCUGCUGGGCUCCACCUCCGACUCCAAUCUCAACAAGUACAGCACCAUCAACAAGAUCCCCCUCAUCACGCUCAACUUCUCAGAGGCCAACAACGAGAAGAAGUGCCCCUCCCCUCCGUCCUCUGAGAAAACCAUCAUCGCCCCGAAGGUCAAAGACCGCACACACAAUGUCACCGACAAGGUCACGCAGGUCCUCUCUCUAGGUGCAGACGUGCUGCCUGAGUAUAAACUCCAAACUCCACGUAUGGACAAGUGGACCAUCCUUCACUACAGUCCCUUCAAAGCAGUGUGGGACUGGCUUAUCCUGCUGCUGGUCAUCUACACCGCCAUCUUCACGCCCUACUCUGCUGCCUUCCUCCUCAACGACAUCGAGGAGCAGAGGAGGCGGGAGUGCGGCUACUCCUGCUCCCCCUUAAACGUAGUGGAUCUGAUAGUGGACAUUAUGUUCAUCGUGGACAUCCUCAUAAACUUCAGGACCACGUACGUCAACAUCAACGAGGAAGUGGUCAGCCACCCGGCCAAGAUCGCCAUCCACUACUUUAAAGGCUGGUUCCUCAUAGACAUGGUGGCGGCCAUCCCCUUCGACCUGCUCAUCUUUGGCUCCGGAUCAGAUGAGACCACCACUCUGAUCGGUCUGCUGAAGACGGCCCGUCUCUUACGGCUGGUACGAGUCGCCCGUAAGCUGGACCGCUAUUCAGAGUACGGCGCUGCCGUCCUCAUGCUGCUUAUGUGCAUCUUUGCCCUUAUCGCUCAUUGGUUGGCCUGCAUCUGGUACGCCAUUGGCAAUGUGGAGAAGCCUUACCUGGAGCAUAAGAUAGGCUGGCUGGACAACCUGGGGGUGUCGAUAGGCAAAAAAUACAACUACAGUGACCCCAGCUCUGGCCCCUCCAUCAAAGAUAAGUACGUCACAGCGCUCUACUUCACCUUCAGCAGUCUGACCAGCGUGGGCUUUGGGAACGUCUCCCCCAACACCAACUCUGAGAAGAUCUUUUCCAUUUGCGUCAUGCUCAUUGGAUCUCUAAUGUACGCCAGCAUCUUUGGAAACGUGUCCGCCAUCAUCCAGAGGUUGUAUUCAGGUACAGCCAGGUAUCACCUCCAGAUGCUACGGGUCAAAGAAUUCAUCCGCUUCCACCAGAUCCCAAACCCGCUGAGGCAGAGGCUGGAGGAGUACUUCCAACACGCCUGGACAUACACCAACGGCAUCGACAUGAAUAUGGGUUUCCCAGAGUGCCUGCAGGCGGAUAUCUGCCUCCACCUCAACAAGAACCUCCUCCAGGGCUGUAAGGCGUUUCGCGGAGCCACAAAGGGCUGCCUCCGGGCCCUGGCCAUGAGGUUCAAGACCACCCACGCGCCCCCUGGAGACACCCUUGUCCACAGCGGAGAUGUCCUCACGGCGCUCUACUUUGUUUCCCGCGGCUCCAUCGAAAUCCUCAAAGACGACGUCGUAGUGGCAAUCCUAGGCAAGAACGACAUUUUCGGCGAGAUGAUCCACCUGUUCGCCAAGCCGGGGAAAUCCUGUGCAGACGUGCGAGCGCUGAGCUACUGUGACCUCCACACCAUUCAGAGGGAGGAGAUCCUGGAGGUGCUGGACAUGUAUCCAGAGUUCGCAGACCACUUCCUCACAAACCUGGAGCUGACCUUUGACCUCCGUGAUGAGAAGCAAACCAAGGCAACAUGCACACAUGUGGCGGAUUCAAACGUGGAUGACAUCGAGUGCCGAAGACGAGUGUCCUACAAAAGGAAAACCUCCACAGGCUCGCACAACAAGGAGCCGGCGGCCACCUACUGCGACACCAGGCAAGGGAGGCAGAUCUACGCCUCCUCGGCAGCCGAGGAGAGGAGAGAGUCCGCUGAGGAGGGAGAGGACGAGGAGGACGAGGAGGAGGAAGAAGGCAGGGAGGAGGAGGAGGAGCAGAGGCCCUUGUGUUCUGGUGUGCUGGGUUACCCGGUGGUUAGGGACCACGCUGUGGGCCUCGGGCUGAGCAGCGCUGCAGACGCACAGGCUGGAGACAACAUGCAGAAUCAGACAUAUAAAGAGCUUCACGCAGACGAGUGGGUGCGUCAGCGUCCCGACGAGGCUGCGGAGGAGGCAGCCCAGUGUCAAGAGACGCCAGCCGGGGAGGACGACAGCGACACAGACCUCACCUACGGAGAGGUGGAGCAACGGCUGGACCUGCUGCAGCAGCACCUCAACAGACUGGAGUCCCAGAUGACCUCGGACAUUCAGGCCAUCCUGCAGCUCCUCCAGAGGCAGACAGCGUCGGGCCCCCCCGCCUACAGCACCGUCACCUCCAGCCCCGAGUACCAGAGGCCGGCCAUCUGGGUGCAGCCGGUGUCCACCAUCCAGACCGAGCUCAGCCUGGCUCCUGCUCCGCCUCAGCCACAGAGCCCCGGCCCAGAACAGGCCCACAACAAGUCCAAAGAAACCUCCCCUGUCCUCCUUCGCACAGAGACUCUUCCAGACGGGAACUUUGCUGGACUGCUCGAGAGCGACACGGACACAGAACAGAGACACACGCAGAACAGCGUGGACUCUGUGGAACAGCCCCCGAGGUUCCCAUCGGGUCGACAGGCCUCUCUACCUGACGUCCCCAGCAGCUCAGACGCCGGACUCCACAGGCCAGUUUCUGACCCGGGCUUCCAGGAAAGUAGGCCUCCCGGAGCUCUUCAACGUCCACCGAAGGGCUCCUCUCAAGCUUGA